AUGGUACGCUUGAAGCCUACACAAACAGCUGAAGAAGUAGCAUUUUAUGCCCCGAAUUACAUAUGUCUGACCAUCCUGGCCAUAAUUUGUUUCUUUCCUCUGGGAUGUCUAGCUAUGUACUUCAGUCACAAGACCACGAAGGCUAACAAGAAAAGCAAGUGGGAAGAAGCUUACAUCAACUCAGGACGAACUGGUUGGCUGGAUGUAUUUGCCAUACUCAUCGGUUUAGGCCUUCUUUAUUUCCUUGUUCUAUAUGUAUGAAGACCAGGCCUAGUGUCCUUCGGGUCCACCCCCAACAGGACCUGCCCCCAAGGCACUAACAAGCCAAAUCAGCCACCAUGCAAGAAACCAACAACUGAGACAUCCCUAACCUGGAAAGCCACCAGCCAAGGAACUCAACCUCCAAGCAAUGCGCUAGCUCAGGAAAACCAUACUAUUACAUCCGCGUGGCCUCCAGAGCUGACUUCUUUCAUCUUGGGGGUCCUCAAUUUCAUGCCCUUUAUGCUCUUAGCUCCUUGAUACUGGGCUGCUCUUUCAGAAAAAAAAAAAUUUAAACCAAUAAAA